AUGUCUGUGGUGUUCCCAAGAACGUGUUACAAGUGUGGACAGGUCGGUCAUUUUGCCGACGCUUGUCAAGAAACCGAGAGGUUGUGCUACAACUGUAAGCAGCCAGGACACGAGUCUGGCGAGUGCCCGGAGCCAAAGCAGACCACGCAAAAGCAGUGCUACAACUGCAAGCAGACCGGCCAUGUGCAGAGCGAGUGCUCUGAGCCGCUGAGGCCGGUUUCGAAGUGCUACAACUGCGGCAAAAUCGGCCACCUGGCCAAAGGCUGCUCUGCUGCUAAGGGCGGGCCAAAGGUCACGUGCCACAAAUGUGGAGGCCUGAACCACUUUGCCAGAGACUGUCAGUCUGGCGUCGUCAAGUGCUAUGCCUGCGGCAAGACGGGCCACAUCUCCAAGGACUGCACGUCUGCCAGCGGUGGGUCCAACUACAACGCCAAAACCUGUUACAAGUGUGGAGAGUCCGGCCACAUUUCCAAGUUCUGCGAGAUGGAAUCGGAGUAA